GGAGCGCGUGUUUUGGACAUUUGUCGUACGGACUGGGAUCUUUUUUAAAGCCUCUGAAUAUGUUGUAGUUUUUUCGCAUGUUCAUAUAUUAAAAGUUUUGAAUAUAAAACAUGCAAAUCAGUGUUGAGCCUGAUGUCUUUGAGCAGUUUCACAAGUUGAAGCAACUACACAAACCAGUUGGGAGUGACAGUGAAUUUCUCUCUUUUAUCGUGUCCCACAUUCAAAAGUGUUGUUACAAAAGCGACAGUUGCAACCCAACUGUUCAAGCUCUUCCGAAUGGCACAUCUCUCCGGUCAUGCCCAGAAUGCAAAUUUUCAGCCGGCACGUCUGAACAGCUUUGGGAUCAUUUUGAAAGUGUUCAUCCUGAUGAAGGGAGCUUCUCUUGUACAUGUGGAGACUCUUAUAACCGUUUGCCGUUGUUUUUGAGGCACUAUGUAGAUUGUCCCGUAGCAUCUACUGACUUGGAAGAUCCUCGCCGCAACUUCGCCUCACUUAAGGACGGACGUAGAAUUCUACCUAGCAUCCUUCAUUCUAACUGUGACGGUGGUAUCGCGGGUACGAAAUUGGGUCAGCCUAAUGUAUACCACCCUUACCGCCAGUCUACAGUAUCGUCUGCUCCAGGUCCGUCAGGUGACAAGCCUUACGGUUGCCCAAAAUGUUAUAAGGGUUUUAAAAGCAAAUCUCUACUCGAUCAACACAUGCAUCUCCAUUUUCCUCCUCGCUACAAAUGCAGAUGGUGUGGCAAUGUCUACCGUUGGCCACCUGUUUAUUACCAUCACAAGCAACGGUGUAAAAAGCGUCCGGUCAUUAGUAUGAGUGAAAUCGGUCACGCUUCUGACUACCGUUGUCUUAAUGGUUCAGUUAUGAAAGUCGAGGAUUCCCAAAUGCAUGUCGAUCAUAUUUCACCGAGACAAACCGCGUUCAACCGUUUCGUGAAUGCACCAGGAGUUUCUUUCACUCAAGAACUGGCGAACGAUAACAUCAUUCAGAAUGUUCCAGUCAUCGGUGAUGAUGCAGCUAACUGUUCGCUAACAUGCCUAUGCACGGAAAGCUUUCUAAAUGUCCCUUCCUACCUUGAGCAUGCAACUAUAUGUCCAAAAGUUGUGUCGGCGUCCUCUGUCUUCGAAAAUCUUGCUAAUAGAGCCCUGUCUACUUCAAACAACUUAGGAUUCAGAUCUCCGCGACAAAGGAAUUCUAUUUCAAAUUUCCGGGAAUUACCGCCCGAAUAUCUUUCACAACUAAAAGAUACAACUUUAAUGCACUCUAAUCCUGGUGGUAUUUUUUCGUGUAACAUGUGUGGCAAGGAGUUCAACUCCAAACUAUCUCUCAAACAGCAUGUAGAUGGAAAACAUCGUGCUGAAGCAACCUGCACAAAAGUCGAGCUGAAUAUACGACCGGAAUAGCAUUUUUAUUGCCUAGUAUAUAUGUGACAAUUAAGAUUAGAGCUGAUGCAUUUUUGCUACAGCUGGCCGAUAGUAAAUUCGGCAAUCAAUCACAUCAUUUUAAAGCAUAAAAGAAAUUGAUCCAAGGUAAGUAACGAAGCCUUGCUCUUGGUUUUCUUUAUAAAAGAAAGGUGCGAGUGUAGAGAGAAUAGGUGAUAAUGAAGAGGAUUGACUGUAGCCUUAUCUGAUAAACUCAUACUUCUUUACUGCUACGUAAUGGAAUUAAUAAUAUUGGUACUGACGGAAAUACUCCAAAAACGUAAUCGUUAUAAGGACAUUGUUUCUAGUGAAUGACAGAAUUAACUUGAAUUUCUAAUGUUUUACAUAGUGAUACCAAGUGAUUCUUUUGUGAACUUGAUUUAUUGGUUGGGGUAUAAUACUCUUGUUUCGACUGGGUCAACCACUCGUUAACACGAAGUAAGUGGUUUAGUUUGACAGUUUACAUGGUUACUAAGCCGUAUAUCUAUGUGUACACAGAAAAUGAUAAUAUUAAAGUUGUAUACUAAAAGUACUGUUGGGCUAAUAGUGAAGUUAUUGCUGUUAUCUUUGUUGAUUUAUGAAGGCUAUUUAAAUUUACUAUAUUUAGUAGUUCCUAAGCUUCCACAUGAUAACUAGUUGACUGACCCGCAGCAUAUGUAAUUAACUUUACCAUUCACAGUACUUCAACUUAGCAAUUGAAACAGCUUCAUUUAAAAAUAAUUAAUCUCGACUUCUAUAAUAAAUUCCUCAAUUAGUACUUGUGCUCAGAAUUAUUGGUGUUGACAAAUGUCUUUGUCUUAUGGUAAUGUUGGGGAUUUUCGCUUCUAUUCUAUAAGUUAUUUUUAUAUUAGUGUAAUCCAUUGAAGUUUCCCGAACCAUAUGUCGUAUUGACUGAUGUGAUAUUUAAGUCAUUUAAUUGGUUGAAACACUUGACUUCUAAAAAGCAGACCAUUAUUCCAAAUUUCGUUUAACUUACUUUGUUUCAGGCAACAGUUUGUGUUUAUAUAUGUGUUUUAUGAUUUUGUUUUUGGUCUUAUAAAAUUAUUUGAUGGUGAGGGAAAUAUCUUUCUGACCCACUUUGUCGGGUUUAUCUUAUUUUUCGGUGAUUGUUGGCUCUUGGAUUUUAAACGGUUUCCGAUAUCAUAUUAGUUUUGAUUAGCGUUAUAUGAUGCUUAAGUCAGUUAUGAGGUUGGAAAACAACUUCUAAAUACUAGGUCGCUGCAUGUAGGCUGCAGCACCACGUUGAAAUGUUUCUAGUUUAUGUUCAUUUGUUGCCACAACGAACUAAAGUUAUUUUGAAAUUUUUUAUCUCUGUGGUGCGAUUUAACUAAAUAUUGUAUGUACAUAUAGCCAGUAUACAAAUCGUCUAGUUGGAAUAUCCUUUUUAGGCAUUAUCGUCCGUCAGUGAGUGAGGUUUAGAUAGCUUUAGCUCAUUCGAAAUAACCGACAGCUAGUUUUUCCUAGCGUUCUGAUUUUCUGGCUGAAGAUAUUCUUAUAAUUUCAUUUCUUAGACGUUUUGGUAGUGUUGUUUAUAAAGUUAGAGUUAUUAAGUGUUGUAGUAACAAGUGUACACUAUUAGUUGAUUCUAAUUCCAUCAAUUUGAGGUAAAAUUUAAUCAUUCAAAAUACAACCACUCAUUUUUAAAGUAAAAUGUUUAUUUCCACUGUUCAAAUCUAAAAGUGGUUUAGGUAAAUUUAAUUUGGAUACAUUGCAUGUUACCUUUUCAAUCGAGCCCGUAAAUGCUCGGCGGCAAGUUACUGAUGAUGAGUUCUUUAAAAAUUUUCUACCAGUUUAACUGCACUGUCCUUUCUCAUCUAGUACAAGCUUUCUCGAUUUUGCAUAAAGUCCUAAACAGUUGACCUAAAUAGAGCAAGAUUAUAACUCUUACAUAGCUGAAGCAAUGAAGAUCAACUCCCGAGAAUCUAACUCAUGUAUCCAAAAGUGGCCCAUUCAACCUCUCAUUAUCAUGGCUUACAAUUGAGGUCUUCCCAUAAAUGAAAGUCACAUAGAAUGGACCCUUACCUAUCCCUGAUUCUAUUUUCGUACAUUUCUGUUCUGCUCCAUCGUUUAUUUGCACAUUCAUCCCAGUUUAUAUAAAUUUCUUAUCAUUGUCCUAAUUAUACUUCAUGUUUAUAUGACUUUAUUAUUCCGAAUCAUUUCCGGCGUAACAUUUCUCCCACCGUG